GAAAAAGAUAAGUUCGCGAAAUAACUUGACGGUGUUGACGUAGAAUAUUCUUUCAAAAUGUCAAAAUAUUAAAAAAAGAUGAAACUCGAAAAUGGUUCAACUACAGAAUUGAUAUUGAAUUCGAAUGAGCUCCAAAAUGAAGUUACUGAUUUGGAUGAAGAAGAAAAGUAUGGAGAGAAGAUACACCAGAUAAAGGAACUUCUUGCCGGGGAUAAUGUUGAUAUAAAAAAGUUACAAGAGUUUGCUAUCAGUCCUGGAGGAUUUGUCACCAAUGAAAUUCGGCAAGAGGCGUGGCCAAAACUUGUGGGUAUUGAUGUGGACAACAUUCCGCCUAAACCAGAUGAGGAAACCCUGCAUGGUCACAGGGACUAUAACCAAGUUGUGUUGGAUGUUAACAGGUCCUUGAAGAGAUUUCCCCCAGAUAUGGAUGACAAUAUACGACUUGGGUUACAGGAUCAACUGGUGGAUCUUAUCAUGCGGGUCUUAGUUCGACAUGAUGAGCUCCACUAUUACCAGGGUUACCAUGAUAUUUGCGUUACAUUCCUGCUUGUGGGUGGGGAGGAUGUUGCAUUUGCUCUUGUAGACAAACUUUCACUAAAUCAUCUCAGAGACUUUAUGGAUGCCAAUAUGGACAGGACCAAACAUAUACUCAACUAUAUGUAUCCUUUAAUUGGUAGAGUAAACCCAAAACUUAGAGACUUCUUAGAGAGGUCAGAAGUAGGUACUAUAUUUAGUCUAAGUUGGCUAAUAACAUGGUACGGACAUGUUCUACCACAUUUACGAGAUAUUGUACGGUGUUACGAUUUCUUCAUAGCUUGUCAUCCUCUAAUGCCUAUAUAUUUAGCAGCUGCGAUUGUACUGUACAGAGAGAAGGAGAUAUUGGAAGCAGAGUGUGAUAUGUGUGUAUUACAUGGACUAUUAUCUAAGAUACCUGAUGAUAUACCAUAUGAACAGUUGAUAGUUCGUGCUGUCCAACUGUAUGAGAAAUAUUCACCAGAUGAUCUAGCCCACGAAGCUAUACUUAACUUUAAAAGAUCACAAGAAUUGGCCAAAGCUAGAAUACAGAAUCGACAGAGACCGCCACCUAGACCAGCGGUGAAACGUAAACGUUGGUUGUCGUUAUUUUAUCAAGAUGGUUCCAGUAUUUAUUUUAAGUUAACUUUCUGGACAUUGACAGCAGUGUUUAGUGCAGCUUUGAUAGCUUAUUUUAAAUCUUCAGAAUGGGAUAAAGGAUGGUGGUCUUAGUAAUAUUGUGGGGUUAGGAUACAGGGUUUUGGGGUAAAACUAUUUGCCAUAUACUGCCAGUAUAUAUCUGGAACAUUAUACAAAAUUUACUCUGAUUUUAGUGAUUUUUAUCUGGUCAAAUCUGGAAUAAGUUUGAGAGAGUUGGUUGGUAAUUUAAAUACGUGAUAAAAUGUUGGUGAAGGAAAGUUGUAUAGUUUAUUUUAAGACUGGUAAAUGUUUGUUUAGUGCCGUGGCAUUAUUAAAAUAGAGACUGAACUUUGAUAAUGCAUAAUUAUAGUCAUGUUCGAAGGGUAUGUACCAAAAUUGUUGAAUUUGAUAUUAUUUGAAACAGAUAUCUUUGCAUACAAGUACAUGUAUGUAAUUUGUUGUUGGUUUUUUGUUAUAUUAUUAAUAUUUACAUGAAAUAUCAUUUGAAGCUCUUAAUCCUGUGUUCUGUCUGGACUUUCGGUGUGCAGAUUUUAAAGAAACAUGAGGCUUGCGGAUAAUUGUUAAGGCAGUUACAAGGCUCUGCAUAGUCACUUUAUAAUACUGUAUGUUUGUAAUGUCGCUUUUUUAUUGGAUAAUCAUAAUGUUUAUAUAGUUUAAUAUACACAGCUGCUGUCAAUUUUUGAAGAAAUCUUACUUUUUUGUGUC